GGGUUUCUUUUGCAACUUUAAUGUUGACAUGACCAUCCACCAAGCAAACACGGCCUUGUUUGAGUCUGUUUCGGAGGGUACAUUCCUCGUUUUGCCAAAGACAACGCGAGCGUCAAGUACCCCAUCCGUAAAGAGAUCAAAGCAGAAAUCGCCCAAGAAUGAUAGUUUACUGCGAGAAUGUGAAGGCUUCCAACGACUUUACGGAGGCCAGGAACCAGAAGCGCUAUGCCGUCAGAGAUUUCGCUGCUAUAAACAACGAUGGAGAGCAAUUGAGGAAACUAUCAAUAGAGUCCUCGUAAAGCACAACUCCCAAGCCAUCGACAAUAUUGUAGAUUUCGUCAAUAACGCCUAUGCAAGCAUUCAAUGCAGUGCACAAUCGCUGGUCCUCCCUUUCCGUGAGGUGCCAACUGGGUUGAUCUUCGCCGGAAUCAACAUUCCCGACCAAGAACUCCUUUUCUCCCACGUAACCGCAAAGUUGACCCAGAACACCUGUCAUUCAGUAGCUAUCCUACCUUCGAGAGAGUGCCUGACUCUCAAGACUACCGUGAAAUCGAUGAUAGAACAGUUCUUGGACAUGCGACCUACAGUAGCGGAAGACCAGAUGGAGAACAAUAACCAGAAUGGGAACCUGUCAUCCUACCAGCCACGCAUAAAGGCUCCAAAUUAUGAUAUGCAAAUCUUGGCUGACUGGCAUCGUGAACGAAAUAGCCGAGGACAUUUGGUUGCGAUCAUACCCGAUUUCGAAUGCUUUGAUCCUAUUGUAAUCCAGGAUCUUAUUAACAUCUGCAGUGAAUAUCAAGGCACCUUGCCGUUUGUCUUUAUAUUUGGUGUCGCAACUUCCAUUGAGGCGUUGCAUCAAAGUUUACCGCGGGCGGUGCUGUCGUUGCUUCGGAUGGAAAAGUUCAAAUUACAGCACUCGAAUGAUUGCAUUAAUGCUAUCGUGGAGGAGCUUUUGUUGAAACCUGAGAUAGAAUCACACGAAGGCUGCGUUGGGUUAAAGCUGGCCCUUGAGCCUUAUGAGUUGCUCAUCAAUAGCUACCAGUUGCACACAUUGUCUGUCGGCGGAUUUGUGCGGGCGCUGAAGUAUGCCGUGAUGGACUAUUACUAUUCGAAUCCACUGAGCAUACUGUGGGAUAUGUAUGCAGCAGAUCGCAACGAUCAGAUGCAGGAUAUCUUGGAACCGGAGCAUAUUAUUGAUAUACGGCUACUGAAAUCGUUCAAAAGAUAUAUCGAGGCACACGCAAAAACACAUCCAGACCACGUGGCCCGUCUGCUUCUCAAUGACACCGUUGUAAAGGCCUGGCUUUCUGAAUGCUUCCAAAGGAUCGUUCGAUACCAGAUCCGCUAUCAUGCGGCGUUGUGUUGCGUAUUGGAACUUCAGAAAGCUCUCAAUAGUCCCAGUUUCAGCCGAUCGAAGCGAGUACUUCAUAUGAUGGCCCUCCAAGGAGGCUUUGUUGAAACCGAGUAUAUGAGUGCAAUCAUGCUUUUGUUGAGAAAGCGGAGCAUUCUGGAAACAAGGCAGUACCUGGAAGGUUGCCUCGCAGCCCUGCAACAGACCAAUAGUUCCUCUGAUGCCUGUCGAUUGGAAUGCGCGGCAAUACAGAAGCUGAUGGAAGAUCUCAACGAAUUUGUCGAUUCGGAUCCAGAUAGUAGCGAAAGCGAUGAAGCAGAUUCGUACACUUUGAAGCAUGAACGAAAGCGGGCACUUUCGUUGGCUUCAGGAAGUCGAACUACCAAUGUAUCUAAACGCUUGAAGCCAAUUGUCGAGCACGUAAAAGAGGGCACCACGCAAGCUUUUCUGAAACGUGUUUCCGAUUUCUUGAAAGAGUUUCUCAGCGACGCUACCAAGUGUUAUAAGAACCUGCCAUUACAUGAGGUGGUUUAUUACUCCAAUGCCGCGCGCCUGAAAAAGGCAUUUCAUCCUCAACCUCGAGCGGUCAUACAGACCGCGUUAGGCCAAACUCGGCAUUACCUCAAAUGCGAUUGCUGCCCAACAACCACCAAAGGCGACGACACAAUCAGUCAUACACUACAGGACUCCAGCAUCGCGUACAGGCUAUACUUGGAAUGUGGAAGGAUGAUCAAUCUCUAUGAUUGGUUUGUGGCAUUUGGGGCGAUAGUGGAGAAAGAAACAGAGGGAAGUUCACUGGACCGAACUGAUAUUCAGGCGCGUUUCAUCAAAUCAAUUGCCGAGUUGCAAUUCCUUGGGUUUAUCAAGCCGACAACGCGAAAGACAGAUCAUGCAGUGCGAUUGACGUGGGGGACAGUGUAGACCUGAACAAAACCGAGUAUUGCUGUAGCUAUGCUAGACUUUUCCGUAUGUUAGGUUAUUGUAAAUAAGCGCUGGUGUGGACGUUGAGAUAUAACUUUAUUUGGUCCGACUUUUUUUCAAAGAGGAAUCUUCUCCCUGUCUCGUGUCUUCACCAUUUAGA